CUCAGUGGCCGGCCGCGCGCACAACUCCAACAACCCACGACGAUGCGCCAGCCGCGCGCCAUCUGCUAAUUCCAAAUUCGAAUUGUCAAAUUUAUUCUUUUGUUCUUUCUUUUCUAAAAAUAUAUUUUAUUUUUAAUUUUAAAAUGUGGAAGUGGCCUGGAUUUGUGUUUGUGCUUCUGGCUUUCUCUUUUACCGAGGGAGAUGUUGUACGAGACACGCGUGGAAUAUUCACAAAGAACUUCUUCGGUGGAGUGUGGGGCAACCGACCCCCACUGAUGGAGAUGAAUCAGCCCAGAACCACUUGUACUUGCAAGUGCGGCGAAAGGAACGAAGUGUCGCGCAUCGUGGGCGGCGAGGAGGCCGGCGUGGACGAGUUCCCCUGGAUGGCUAAACUGACAUACUUCAAGAGGUUCUACUGCGGAGGCAUGCUCAUCAACGACCGAUACGUCCUUACCGCCGCUCAUUGUGUCAAGGGGUUCAUGUGGUUCAUGAUUAAAGUGACGUUUGGGGAGCACAACAGAUGUAACGCGACCGUUCGCCCGGAGACCCGGUUUGUCUUACGUGCUAUCUCCAACAAGUUCAGUCUGUCCAACUUUGACAAUGAUAUUGCCUUGUUGAGGCUCAACGAGCGCGUCCCUAUCUCCGAUGCCAUCAAGCCUAUCUGCUUACCUACAAAUAACAAGAAUCUAUACGUGGGCGUGAAGGCAGUAGCUUCAGGCUGGGGCACGCUGACCGAAGAGGGGAAGGUGUCGUGCACCCUGCAGGAGGUGGAGGUGCCGGUGAUGAGCAACCAGGAGUGUCGCAACACCAAGUAUACCGCCUCCAUGAUCACUGACAACAUGCUCUGCGCUGGCUUCCCCAAGACUGGACAGAAAGAUUCUUGUCAGGGCGACAGCGGUGGCCCACUGAUCACAGAGAGACAGCACGAUAAACGCUACGAACUAAUAGGUGUGGUGUCUUGGGGUAACGGGUGCGCACGAGUGGGUUACCCCGGGGUGUACACCCGGGUGACCAACUACAUCGACUGGAUCCGGGAGAAUACCCAGGAUGCAUGCUAUUAUGUGGAGGUCGAUGAACUCGGAGGUCAUUGCCAAAUCGCACAGCCUCCGCGGGCGGCUAAAACGUUGCUUUCUUCGAGUAAGACAGACAGCGAAGGAAAACACUGUGAAGAAAUCCACGUGCUCCGAAUUGUGUUUUCGGAGGACGGGCCAUAUGUUUACGACGAUCCAUUCACAUCGUAUGAUGAAUUAUCUUCCAUGCGCUACAAUACGUACAGACCUGCGUGCCAGAACUGUGGUUGCGGCGAGAGGAACGACGGUGGGCGCGUGGUUGGCGGCGCAGGCGCCAGUAGGAACGCCUUCCCCUGGCUGGCCAGGCUCAUCUACCACAAGUCCUUCGGCUGCGGAGCGUCGCUCAUCAACGACCGAUACGUCGUCUCCGCUGCUCACUGUAUUAAAGGAUUCAUGUGGUUCAUGUUCAAAGUAACGUUUGGUGAGCAUGACCGCUGUAAUCGCGAGCAGCGUCCGGAGACGAGAUACGUUGUAAAGGUGAUCGCUCACAACUUCACAAUGACGGACCUGAGCAACGAUAUUACGCUCAUACAGCUUAGUGAGUCUAUGACGUACUCGCACACCAUAAGGCCGGUGUGUCUACCUAACAAUCCAGUAAACCAAUACACCGGAGCGACAGCAAUAGUGGCGGGGUGGGGGGCGACGUCGGAGAACGGCAACUGGUCGUGCACUCCUCGACAGGCCGAGCUGCCAGUCCUCAGCCUCGAGGCCUGCAGAAGCACCAAGUACAACGCCUCCAAGAUCAAGGAUGUCAUGAUGUGCGCCGGAUACCCGGAGACUGCGCAUAAGGACGGGUGCACUGGAGACAGCGGAGGUCCUUUAAUUACACUGACUGAAAACCGUGUCUACGAGUUGAUAGGCAUCGUUUCUUGGGGCUAUGGUUGUGCCAGAAUCGGGUACCCUGGAGUCUACACACGCGUCACACAAUACCUCGACUGGAUCAGAGACAACACGGCUGAUGCCUGCUAUUGUCGAUACUGAUGAUCAAAUAAUAUUUCGUUCCUUUUUAUACCUCGCUGAAGAAUUGAUAAUAAUCAUAUUUGAUGG